AUGCUGGAUUUGGGUGCUUCUCUUAAUGUCAUGCCUUUGUCUAUAUAUGCAUCUUUGUCUUUUGGUCCUUUGCAAACCACGGGUGUGGUCAUUCAGUUGGCUAAUAGGAGUGUUACCCACCCAACAGGUUUCAUAGAGGAUGUCUUGGUUAGGGUUGGUGAAUUGAUUUUUCCUGCUGACUUUUAUGUUUUGGAAACGGAGGAGGGAUUCUCUCAUGGAUCCGCUCCCAUUAUCUUAGGCAGGCCAUUCUUGAAAACUGCCCGAACUAAGAUUGAUGUGUAUGUUGGAACUUUGUCUAUGGAAUUUGCUGAUAUUGUUGUUCAUUUUAAUAUCCUUGAUGCAAUGAAAUUUCCAGCUGAGGACCAUUCUCUGUUUAGGAUCGAUGCAUUGGGUGACAUUAUUGAUGAAAUUGUUGUUGACGACUUUCAUUCUUUGCAUGAGAAGAAGCAUUCUUUUCUAUCUUAUUUGCAUUCAUGCAUUGAAUCUGGAUUCAAAUCAGGAUUUGAGAAUGAUGUUGAUAAUGUUGUGGAUUUUGAUGAGGAUUGUGAUGUCCAGGAUAUUGAUGCUAUGCAUGAUAUUGAUGAUGCUGUUGACAUAUCUGUGAUGGACAUUGAUUUGGAUUGUGAUGAGAUGAGUGUUCUGCCUUUACCUAUACACUCUUUAGAGUCAGAAUGCAUUAACCACGUUGCAGGAAGUACACUUGAAUCUGACUUGCAGGCACCCACUCUUGAGCUGAAACAGCUCCCAGAUAACCUCAAGUACGUGUACUUGGAGGAUGAUGAGAAGAAACCAGUGAUCAUUUCUACCUUCCUUGAUUCUAUUCAAGAGGAGAACUUGCUUGGUGUGUUGAGGAAGCACAAGAAGGCCAUUGGUUGGAGUUUGGCUGACAUACCUGGUAUUAGCCCAUCCACAUGCAUGCAUAGAAUUCUUUUGGAAGAUGGGGCAAAGCCAGUGAGACAGCCACAAAGAAGGCAAAACCCCGUGAUCAUGGACGUCAUCAAGAAGGAGGUGACCAAGCUUUUGCAAGCUGGGAUCAUCUACCCUAUUUCAGACAGUCAGUGGGUGAGCCUCAUCCAUGUUGUGCCCAAGAAAAUUAUCCCAACUAGAGUGCAGAAUAGCUGGAGAGUCUGCAUUGACUAUAGGAGGCUCAACCAAGCAACCAGGAAAGAUCAUUUCCCCUUGCCAUUCAUUUAUCAGAUGCUGGAGCGCCUGGCAGUUGCCUUACCCCUCUUGCGUGCGAGAGGUGCGAUCUUUCCUUGGACAUGCAGAUGCAAGGAGGCGUUUGAUUGCCUGAAGGAAGCUUUGACCACCACCCAUAUCAUUCAGGCACCGGAUUGGACAGCCCCAUUUGAGCUCAUGUGUGAUGCGUCUAAUUAUGCAUUGGGGGCUGUCUUGACACAGAAAAUUGACAAGCUGACGCGAUUUAGGUCAUAUUUGCUUGGAUCACCUGUUAUUGUGUAUACUGACCAUGCAGCUCUAAAGUUUUUGUUGAAAAAGGUUGAGUCAAAGCCUAGAUUGAUAAGGUGGAUGCUACUGCUCCAGGAGUUUGACUUGCAGAUUAAAGACCGAAGUGGAGCACAAAAUUUGUUUGCAGACCACCUCAACCGGAUUGAGAGAGAUGGGAAUGAAGCUGAUGUGUUGCCCAUCCAGGAUGACUUUCCUGAUGAGAGUUUGUUGAUGAUUUCUUAUUCUCACCCCACUCCUUGGUUUGCACACAUUGUAAAUUAUUUGGUUGCUUCUGUUUUUCCUCCCUUAGCAUCACGUGCUCAGAUUGCUAAAAUUAAGAGUGAUGCUAAGUAUUAUGUUUGGGAUGACCCAUAUCUGUGGAAGUUGUGCAGUGACCAGAGAACAGCUCGCAGGGUGCUUGACUGUGGUUUCUAUUGGCCUUCCAUCUUCAAAGAUGCGGAGAGGAUUUGCAGCACUUGUGAGCCUUAUCAGAGAGCAGGAGGAUCAAUUUCAUAG